AUGGAGACAAUUACGCCAAAUCAUGUCAUUUUAAAAGCUAAUACAAAAUCAAUUAAAACCUUUAGUGAUCAAAGACCACCACGUCGUCAAAGUUUCUUCAGACGAAGACAACAGUUUCGAAGUCAAAGUUUCUUCAAAAAAAGUUUCUCAGAGUUUCGCAACAAGAGAACCGAAACAUACAAUGAAGAUGACGAGGUUCCUAUUGGUUGUUUUGAGUUUAUUUCUCUUCAAUGGUCAAACCUUCGAGGAAAAAAACGACCGAGUGACAAUGACACAUACUAUGAACACCCACCAGUCGGAAGGAUGGGAACCGGAUCUUUGGCCCCGGGACAUACGAAAAAAUCGACACUCUGA